GUUCGAAGUUGAUGGUAUUGAAAACUUGUAGUGAUCUCGUUUUGUUGGGGAUCUCGGAAGUCAAACAACUAUUGAACUCUAGCGACCUUUCAAACAGUACGUCUCUGCUCGUCGACUGUGUCCAAUUCUUCAUCGACGUCGAAAAAAAUCAUUUCUGUGAUGCAGAGAAUAAUCGAUUGAUUACUUCUCGUGUUCUACAGCAGCUGAUGACAAAGAUAUCGACCCCACAACUAAUGGAACUUGUUUUUAAUCUUGGCUUAUCUACACUUUCUGACAUCAAGCGAUUCCCUCUCUGCAUUGACUGGUAUCGUAAUGCUUGUCAACUCUUUUUUCAGCAAGACUUCGUCCAUUUGGUUAACUCCGUGGGAGAUGUAGUAAAGAAGAUUUUUGAUUGCCUUUUGUGGCUGAACGACGAACUUUGCUGGGAAAGCUUUAAAGUUCAAAUUUGUAAAUCCUUUCCUUCUGAGGAAGGAAAUCUUUUUGUGCACUUUGUAAUCAGCAAUGAAGCCCUUCAAGAAACUCUUGUGGGAGCCCCUCUUGGUCUAAACGCUUUUAAUCGCAUCUUGGAUCACUGGAUAGAAGAGUCAAGUCCGAAAAAGAAUCCACCAGCUGUCGACUGGAGUAUGCCCCAAACUUCAUUUCCUGCCUGUCCCGAAGUAGAAACAUGUCUUCGUUCGUCGGAAGAAAGUAUGACCUAUUCAAAAUUUCGUGGCAUCAAAGAAGCUCGUCAGUUAGGCAAAUUACUCGACAAAUCAGGACCAAAAAAUAGAGUCAGUGUUCAUUCAUCCGUUGGCGGACUUGGAAAAAAUGCAUUUUACGAAAUAGAGAAGAAAACUUGUGAUGAUGAAAUCUUGAAAACAUUUCAUGCCAGACAAUCGGAGCUAUGGCAAGUGGAAAAGUUGCGCAUUGACCUACAAGAACGCGUCAAAUCAAUCAGUAAGACAGAAAUACAACUCCCGCUGCCUGUUGAUUUCAGUUUAGCUGUUUUACCGACGAUGCCUACUGAUCACAUCACAUCACACUUCACAGAAAUCCUGCCCAUGAAUAUGCAGAACGAGAUGGGCAUUCCGAAUAUCAAGGUCGAAAAUGAAAAGGCUAGUGGGUGUCUUAUUUUGUCUGCCGAGUCUGAGUUGUUCCCAUCCGCCAGCGCAACUGACGUCGCCACUGAACAUAUUCAGGAAGAGAAAAGUGAAGAAAAUCACGACUAUCCUCCUUUGACGCCACCGAACGAAGCACCGUCGAGUGACUCGAUUUCCUGUGGCAUAUUUCCUGAUGCAGGUCCUUCUAUUGAUUUUCAGGAUGGACACAUGGUUUCCGUCGGUGACAUACACCAGAAAAGUAGCUCAGAGUCCAUUCAUUCAUUGCCAACUUACCUGCCUUCGGUCGCUGCCUUAAAGGAAGCUGCUAAGAAAGCUCGUGACUGGAACAGCCUUCUAGAGGUUUUACAGAAGUUGGAGUACAGCCCUUAUCUUGAGGCGCUUGAAAGCUGGAUGUCCAAAGCCAAACCGAUUGCGAUAAGAUUGGAUUCGCUUGACGAACUCGAAAAUCAGAUCGCCGCUGCCCACGCCUGGCGCGAAAGAACUGCAAAAACAUUUUUACGAAAGAACUCAUAUUAUUCCCUGAUCGAAGUCCUUUCCCCGAAACUCGACGUAUUAGUUGAAUCACGUUUCCGACGCCGUCGACCCAAAGAAGAUCCCUUCAACCCAAUCAACGUGACUCACGUAAUCACCCUUGAGGCAGAGAAGAAGGAAGAUCCUCGACUGAUCGUUGAAUCUUUCAAAGAGAGUGAAAACAACGAAUUAACUAGCUUCAAGCGUAUCCGAGUUCAAAACAUUCAAAAAAAAGUCCAUGAUGAUCAAGGCCUUGCUCAUUACUGUAUAUGCCAAGGCAAAGCCCAGGGAGGCAUGAUCGAAUGCGCACUCUGCAAAGAAUGGUUCCAUCUUUCGUGUUUAAGGGGAGCGAAGCAACAAGGUCCAGGGGCCAAAAACAAGACAAAUGGUGAAGACAAUGCGAUCAGCGGAAUCAAAGAUGGCCGUUACCUCUGUGGCUAUUGUUGUCGUUCGAGACGGCCUCGUCUUGAAACGAUCCUCUCGUUGCUGGAGUCUUUACAAAAACUUCCCGUUCGAUUACACGAGGGUGAAGCUCUUCAGUGUCUCACCGAGAGGGCCAUGAACUGGCAGGAUCGAGCUCGUCAGCUGCUAUCUACUGAAGAGUUAACAGCAUGUCUGUCUCAGUUAUCUACCAUGUUGCAACGUGCUACUGACGCUUCUUCUCAGAAGAAAAUGGAUAGUAAGACUGGAUCAAAUGAGCUUCAAAAAUUGUCGGUGAGCGGAGAGCACCGCGAUUUCUUCAGUGGCAGCGAAGAGUCAUAGGACAGCGAAUGUACAGCUAGAGACAGCAUUCCAGAAGUUGGCGAACAA